AUGAGGGGAGAGCAUAGAGUUUAGGCAGAAGAAAGAAGCUGAGGCGGCGAGUGUUGGAGAAUCCUAUCCUCUUCUUGUUCUGUUGGUGUUGUUGUUUGUGUUUGUGAAGGUUCAACCGUUGUGGCUGAGUGUGGCAGAAUCAAUCAAUGGCGUCUCAAUCAGCGAACCUAUGGGUUUUGUUGGGGCUAAGUUUGGCUGGAAUUGUUCUCAUCACCAGAAAGUUGAAGCAGUCUGUUAAAGAAGAUUUUGGCGCUUUCAUUCGCAAGCUUCAGCUUCUUCCUCCUCCACAACCUGCUCCUCCCAAAGCUCCUCAUCCACUCACUGCUCUCACUUUCGCACUUUCUGACCUAUUUGACGUGGAAGGUCAUGUAUCCACGUUUGGGCAUCCCGAGUGGGCUCGGACUCACGAACCUGCUUCUUCCACUUCUCCUUCAGUUUCUGCUCUUGUUGAAGGAGGUGCAACUUGUGUGGGAACUACUGUUAUCGAAGACUUUGCUUUUGGUAUUAGUGGUGAAAAUAAGCAUUAUGGAACGCCGACCAAUCCUGCUGUGCCUGCUCGAGUACCCGGUGGCUCCUCCGGGGGCGCAGCUGUGGCUGUUGCUGGCAAUUUGGUUGAUUUUGCAUUGGGUAUUGAUACUAUUGGUGGGGUGAGAGUACCUGCUGGAUUUUGUGGCAUUCUUGGAUUUCGGCCUUCAUAUGGUGCUGUUUCUCAUAUGGGAAUCAUACCUAUUUCAACAAGUCUGGACGCUGUUGGUUGGUUUGCAAAGGAUCCUAAUAUAUUACGUCAAGUUGGCCAUAUACUUUUACAAGCACCAUUUGUAAUUCAACGCAGUCCUCGGCAAAUAAUUAUAGCAGAUGAUUGUUUUCAACAUAUAAAUGUUCCUCUGGACAGGAGUUCUCAAGUUGUGAUCAAAGCAGUUGAGAAGCUUUUUGGAAGGCAAGCUUUGAAGCAUAUAAAUCUUGAGGAUUAUAUAAGUUCUAAAGUUCCAAGCUUGAAGGAGUGCUCUGGUCAGAAAACAAAUGGUGAAUUGAAAGCUUCUUCGUUAAAAUUACUUGCUAACAUUAUGCAAUUCCUACAAAGACAUGAGUUCGGACUAGCCCAUGAUGAGUGGAUGAACAUAGUAAAACCUGAUCUUCAUGCUGCUCUCUCAACACAAUUGCAUGGAAAAUUUGCGGCAUCUGAUGUAGAAAUUGAAAACUCUAAAUCCGUUAGAAGUGAGAUGCGUGCUGCUGUAAAUUUGCUUUUGAAGGAUGAAGGAAUUUUGGUGAUCCCUACUGUAGCUGAUCCUCCUCCAAAAUUAGGUGGGAAGGAGAUCCUAUCAGAUGAUUAUCAGAAUCGUGCUUUUAGUCUGCUUAGCAUUGCAAGCAUAUCAGGUUGCUGUCAGGUCUCAAUACCAUUAGGAUUUUACGAUAAGUAUCCUGUUUCAGUGUCCUUGAUAGCUAGGCAUGGGGGUGAUCGAUUUUUACUUGAUACACUACAAACCAUGUAUACAACUCUCCAAGAGCAGGCUGAUAUUGCCGCAAAAAGUAAAUCAUUUAGAAAUGUUGUCAGUAAGGAACAAUCUGCUGAAAUGGCCAAAGAGAAGGGAAAUCAAGCCUACAAAGAUAAGCAGUGGCAGAAAGCCAUUGGAUUUUAUACCGAAGCUAUCAAACUCUGCAGUGAUAAUGCAACAUACUACAGUAAUAGGGCUCAAGCGUAUCUAGAACUUGGGAGUUAUCUCCAAGCUGAGGCAGAUUGUACAAAAGCAAUUAAUCUUGACAAAAAGAAUGUGAAAGCCUAUUUUCGUAGAGGUACGGCUAGAGAGAUGUUAGGCUACUACAAGGAUGCAAUUGAUGAUUUUAAAUAUGCCCUUGUACUUGAGCCAACCAACAAAAGGGCAGCUGCAGCUGCUGAGAGGUUGAGGAAGCUAUUCCAGUAGGUACGUAAUUGUGACACG